AUGCCUAAAGCAUUUUCUCAGGACACUCUUAACUUGGUACUAUCCUUACUUGACUCAGACAAGACACAUGCUCAAAUCAUCAAAAAAACGGGUGUUUUGUCCGCUUAUAUCACAAAAGUCACUAGAAAACACCGCCCGCACCUGGCGAGGUCCAAAGGCGGUUGUCCACGCAAGCUCAAUCCCACUGCCGUUCGCUAUGCUGUCCAACUUGUAACCAACGGAAAUAAAGUCAGCACACGGAAGGCCGCUAUAACACUGUCCGCGCUUAGCGGGGAGUCCAUCCAUCGUGACACUGUCCGCCAUGCGUUGUUAGAAGCUGGUUUACGAGCUGUAAAGAAGACACAAAAACCAAAGCUCACCCCAAAACAUAUCAAAGAGCGAAUCGCAUUUGCCAGAGCUCACAAGGAUUGGACUGUAGCCGAUUGGAAACAAGUCCUAUGGUCGGACAAGACCACAAUUACUCGCCUGUGGUCCGAUGGAGUCUAUUGGGGCUGGGCCCGGCCCGGGGAGAAACUUAGUGAUCGGCUGAUCACCCCGGCUCUCAGCCACGGUGGAGGUUCCUUCAUGUUUUGGGGAUGUAUGGGAUGGCCAGGAACUGGGUAUGGCUGCAAGGUAGAAGGAUCAUUUAAUAAGGAGGUUUACGAGGAGAUUUUGGGGGACGAAUUCACAAGGAGCCUGAAGCACCUGGGGAUGAAAGCAAGGGAGGUUAUAUAUAUGCAUGAUAAUGCACGCCCCCACAAGGCAAAAGCGCCCACCAAAUGGCUCAAAAACCAUGGAGUUGAGUGCCUUGAGUGGCCUGCAAACUCUCCCGAUCUUAAUCCCAUCGAAAACUUAUGGGCUGAGCUUAAACGACGCCUAGGCGAGUACGAGGAGGUACCUAAUGGGAUGCUUGAGUUGUGGGAGCGGGUUCAGGUGGUUUGGGAUGAAUUUGCGCCAGAAUACUGUCAGAAACUAAUUGAAACUAUGCCAAGACGCAUGGCUAUGGUUUUGGAGAGAAAGGGGAAGUCCAUUCCUUAUUAA